UAUUAAUAUAGUAUAUCAAUUAAAUUCUUGAAUAUAAAUCAUUUUUAAAAUUCAAUCAAACAAAAAAAAUCAGAUGCUAAAAGCAUGUUAUGUCUACAUCUCGCAUGAAUCCAUUGAGAACAUAUGAGAGGCUCUGUGGUUCUACUUCUAGCAUUCAUUUCAGGAAAUUGUCAAUUGUUUCCCUCCCCGAAUCAGAGCUCUUAAAUGUAGUUAAAGUUGUCAAUGUUGGUACCAAUUCUACCCACAUAUCCAAUUUGCAAUAUCUUUUGCAGUUCUGUGCAAAAACGAAAUCUUCCAUUGGUGGAAGAGCAUGUCAUGCUCAAACAAUUCAUGUUGGAUUGAAAACCGACAUUUUAACAUCAAAUAUGCUGAUUAAUAUGUACUCUAAAUGUUCUUUAGUUAAUGAUGCUCGUAAAGUGUUUGAUGAAAUGCCGGUUAAAAGUUUAGUUUCAUGGAACACAAUGAUUGGAGCACUUACACAGAUUUCUGAGGAAAAAGAAGCACUCAUGCUGUUUAUUCAAAUGUUAAGAGAGGGAACACUGUUCAACGAGUUUACCAUUUCAAGUGUUUUGUGUGAGUGUGCUGCCAAAUGUGCUGUAUUUGAGUGUAUGCAGUUACAUGCUUUUUCAAUUAAGGUUUCUGUUGAUUCUAAUUGUUUUGUUGGAACUGCAUUGCUACAUGUGUAUGGCAAAUGUUAUUUGAUGAAAGACGCGAGUCGGGUAUUCGAGAGUAUGCCCGAAACAAAUGCUGUUACUUGGAGUUCAAUGCUAGCAGGAUAUGUGCAAAAUGGGUUUCAUGAAGAGGCGUUGUUGCUUUUUCGUGAUUAUCAGUUGAUGGGUUUCGAGCAGGACGCAUUUAUGAUAUCGUCUGCUGUUUGUGCUUGUGCCGGCCUGGCAAGUUUGAUUGAAGGGAAGCAAGUGUAUGCCGUUUCGUGCAAAUCUGGAUUUGGUUCGAAUGUAUAUGUUUGUUCGUCCCUUAUAGACAUGUUUGCAAAAUGCGGUUGCAUAAGAGAAGCUUACCUUGUGUUUCAAGGUGUUGAGGUGAGAAGAAGCAUUGUUUUAUGGAAUGCUAUGAUUUCUGGGUUUGCUAGACAUGCUUGUGCAUUAGAGGCUAUGAUCUUAUUUGAAAAAAUGCAGCAAAAUGGCUUUUUUCCUGAUGAUGUAACAUAUGUAUCUGUCCUAAAUGCUUGCAGUCAUAUGGGUUUGCAUGAACAAGGGCAGAAAUAUUUUGACCUCAUGGUCAAACAGCAUAAUCUUCGGCCGAGUGUUCUUCACUACUCGUGUAUGAUUGACAUUCUCGGUCGAGCGGGACUUGUUCAGAAGGCUUAUGACUUGAUAGAGACAAUGCCAUUUAAUGCAACUAGUUCUAUAUGGGGUUCACUUUUAGCUUCUUGUAGAAAUCAUGGUAAUGUUGAGUUCGCUGAGAUUGCAGCCAAGCAUUUGUUUGAAAUGGAACCUGAUAAUGCAGGAAACCACAUCUUGCUAGCAAACAUAUAUGCUGCAAAUGGAAAAUGGGAGGAAGUUGCGAAAGCGAGGAAGGUUCUUAGAGAGAGUGAACUGAGGAAGGAGAGGGGAACAAGUUGGAUUGAAGUUAAGAAUACCAUUCACUCAUUUACUGUCGGCGAGAGAAAUCAUUCACAAAUCAAAGAAAUUUAUGAUAAGUUAGAUGAAUUGGUGGAGGAGUUGGAGAAGCUGAAUUACAAGGUUGAUAUAAAAAAUGACCUUCAUGAUGUUGAAGAUAGCAAAAAACAGAUGCUUUUGAAGCAUCACAGUGAGAAACUUGCCGUCACAUUUGGAUUAAUGUUUUUGCCUAGUGAUAUACCAAUAAGGAUUAUGAAAAACCUUAGGAUAUGUGGUGAUUGCCAUAAUUUUAUGAAACUUUUGUGUAAGUUUACUAGUCGAGAGAUUAUUGUUCGAGAUACAAAUCGUUUUCAUCACUUUAAGGAUGGCUUUUGUUCUUGUGGCGAGUUUUGGUGAACUUGUGGAUUCUGAUAUGUAUAGUUAUGCUAAUUAACUCCAAAUAAUAGGAGUUUCACAUUCCCAGAUUUUUAAACAACUUUGAAGAGAUUUUUAAGGGAAGGCUCGACAUUAUUAUUCACCAAUUCAUCUGUUGUAUACUACUUAGGAAAUUUCUUCUUAUGUCUAAUGGAAGACUUUCAUUAUCUGAUAGAGAUUUCAUCGUCUGUGUUGUUGAAUCAAGAAAAAGUCUCUUCGUGAAAAUUAUAGAAAAUUAUAGCUUUGGAUGUAUACUUUAUUUUGCCAUGGAUUUCAUCCACAUUUAGACAUUAAUAC